AUGGAAUCGUUAAGAAAAAGGAAAAAAAUGGAAAGGUCUCUUGCGGCAAGCAGCCAGUGUAGAAGUUGGUGAACAAACCCACGUUGAACCAUUCUAUACCGCUCAUAGAAAAUUUAGAAUUUAUUUGUUUAGAAAAUAAAAUUAUAAAUUUUGACAAACCAAUGUAUGUAUAAUUACGUAUUUAACUUUAUCCAUAUUUUAUAUAUUAAUAAAUUAAUUGAUACAGAAUUUGCGAUGCUAGAGGUUAGUAAAACGCUAAUGUGCAAGUAUCAUUAUGAUACUAUGAAGUUAUUUCAUUGAUAUUAUUAAAUUUGUAUACCGACACAGGUAAAUUAAUAUUAGUAAAUUUUCUUUUUUGUAUUAAAUGAUUUAUUUUAAUUUAGAUUCGUUGGUAUGUAAUGUGUCGACGAAAGAUUUAUAUGACGACUUGCUGGCCAAACCGAGGCUGUUGGAGUACAUGGAUUCUUGUUAUGUUUCGGAAAGAAAAAAGUUUCCCAGUCUGUUUUCCGACGAGACAGACGGCCGAACGAUGACGGAGUUUGUAGCACUGCGGGCUAAAUCCUAUACGUAUAAAUUAGGCGAACAGGAAAAAAUCAAGGCGAAGGGUAUAAGAGGAUAUUUGAUUAAAAAUCACAUGUCAUUUAAUGACCAUGUUUAA